UUUAUCUAUCGUCACGCCCCUCUAAGAAAAACAAACAGAAGAGCACGAGAUAUUAAGCCACUGGUACUGUACCAGUGACUUCCAGCAUACACCGGUCACCGGUACAGUCACAGUUGGAACGUUGCACGCAACGACGCAACAACUGCCUCCAACUCAAAACCACCACCACCAUCCGAAGUCCGAAGUACGGUAACAUCUUUCUUUCGAAGCAACGAAGCAACGCAGCGUCCAAGCAACUUUAUUCUCUUUCUCUGUGUCCACGCAUAAUUUGUGGUUUGGCAAGCAACCAAACAGCAAGUAGAAUAAUAGAAAGAGUGCAACCAUGGCAGGCAUGGAAGUCAUCGACCUUGUGCUGACCAUCAACAAGGCCGACGGCCUAGCUGCCAAGGACUCCAACAUGUUUGGGGUCAAGACCAAGUCGGAUCCCUACAUUGAACUAAGGUUGAUACCACAAGGGGCCGCCACCGAAGAUGAGGUUGUGGACAAGAAGGACAAGAUUUUUCUGGGGAAGACAGAAACCAAAUUGAAGACUCUAUCGCCCAAAUGGGAUCAAUCAUUUCACAUUUCCGUUCCCCGCAAAGACUUUAAUGAGUUUUCCAUUUUCGAAUUGACCAUUAUGGACAAGGACAUUACAUCCUCCGAUGACCUCAUGGGAGUGGUGCCCGUCCAUGUACCUGUGGGUCGAUGGGGAACCUUUACCAAAUGGUACGGAGUCCCAGCCUCUUCGGCCGGUGGAGAAGAAGCUACGGGACGUGUCCAGUGUACCAUGUCGGUCGAACACAGCCACAAAACUCCCGACCAAAUCAAGGCCGCCAACGAGGCCACUGAAGCUGGUAUGGGGAACAACGACAAAUCACGGGAACUUCCAGAGCUGGCCGGUGGAAAGGUGGAAGUCAUCAAUCUCAAGCUCACUGUCAAAAGAGCAGCAGGACUGGCGGCCAUGGACAAGAAUAUUAUUGGUAUGAAAACCAAGUCCGAUCCCUACAUUGAAGUCAGAUUGUGUCCCAAAGGUCCCGGUGGAGGACCACAAAGCAAAGUGUUGCUGGGAAAAACAGAAACCAAAAUGGAAACCUUGAAUCCAUCCUACAACCAGGUAUUUGAGGCUCCUCCCCUGUCACUCAAGAGCUUUGGUGACACUGCCAGUUUUGAACUCACCAUUAUGGACUACGAUGAAAAUGGUGAAGAUGAUCUCAUGGGAAUGGUCACAGUCCCCAUCAAAUUGGACAAAUCGGGAAGCAGCACCAAAUGGUAUGACGUACCCAAAGACUCAGGAGAAGGGGGAAAGGCUUCCGGAAAGGUACAAUGCAUGCUUUCCGUUUCCAAGGAUAUCCAAUCCUCUGCAUGUACGGCUGAUACCGAGGUGAAAUUAAAGGCGGCAUUGGCAGGCAAGUCCAAGCCCACGGGACCACCACCUCCCAGGACCUCUGUGACCAAGAGGACAUCCAUCCGGACUUCGGACUCGACGACCAAAACUGCUAUUCAAGAGUCGCUGAGACGAAAUCCCGUCGUAGCGCCAAUGCCUAAACCACCGACAAGAGUGGCAGAGCCAAGAGCCAGGUCCUCGUCGCUACCGCAGCAACCAGCAGUAGCAGGCGAGCCAGUCUUGUGUCGGGAGUCGGAACACGGCCCCGCCCUUCAAAGAUCUUCUACUGCACCUGUCAGUAGUAGCAAGUGCCCGUUUUGUGAAAAGGGCAAUCAUAGCAAGAAGGAUUGCCCAGAAUGGCUGGAGUUUCAGGCAUUCAAAAAACAAAAAGAAAAGGAGCGACAGGAGGAGGAAGAACGCCGCCGAAAAAAAGUGCUCAGUGUCAAAGAUCGAUUGGCUAAACGGACAUCAUCCGUGGGCAGUGGUGAGCGACAGGCACCCAAGCGCCAAUCAUCGCUGCGUGUUCGCAGAUCAUCAUCAUCGGUCGAGGACGACGACUUGAGGAGAUCUUCCCACAGCAGCCGAAAAACCCCUUCGCAAAAAGGCAGUAUUAGGGUGUCGUCCGAAUCCUCGCGCAGGUCUUCCAAGGAUGGAGAAAGGGGUGUCAAGAGGGCGUCGUCCAUGCGCUUGAAACGCAAAAGCAGCAUGGAAGGUUCUUCGAAAAGUAGCGACAAGGGAGGAGAGCGCCGUAGCAAUGGUGUCAAACGGACCAAUUCCAUGAAGAGAAGCAGUCACGGCGAGGAAAAGAAGGAAGGACGCAUCAAGAGAACGGCUAGUCGUGGCGAAGGUGGUGAAAAGAAGGAGGUAGAUCGUCGCAUCAGGAGGACCUCCAGUUUUGACGAUGCCGGUGACGCAAAAGAGAGAGAACCUCGCGUCAAGAGAAAAAACUGUGGCAAAAAGAGUCUUACUGGCGAACGAACCAGCUCUACAAGUUCGAGAAAACACAAACAGCGACCCGAAGGAACAAAGCAUUCUCCUCCUCCAUCCCCCUCCAAGGAAGAGAAGGAGAAGAACGAUCCAUCCAAUUCGCCGUCCGAGACGAAGAGUAGUCCACCCGACGUCGUGUCGGAAAGCGAAAGCUGUAGCAGUGAGGAACUCGAAAACGAGGCAACCAUCAAGUGGUAGCCGUGCCGUACGGUUGUAGAUUGACUUUUAUGAUGUUGUAGAUCGAGUUGGCCUUUAGGAUAACAACCGCGGAAUGGAUAGAGCAUUGCGAUAACAAUAUAAUGACUUUUAGAAGAACUGUUUGAACAUGGCGUU